UGGGCUUAGUUGCUCUGUGGCAUGUGGGAUCUUCCCGGACCAGGGAUCGAACCCCUGCAUUGGCAGGCGGAUUCUCAACCACUGUGCCACCAGGGAAGCCCCUGUCAUAUUAUUUUUAAAAUACUUUUUAUAAUUGGAAAAACCCUACAAAGCUCUUUACAGUUUGAAAAAAGCUUUUAUUGGCAUAUCUGAAAAGACUUGGUGACUAGGUAGGAGGUUUUUUUCCUGUUCCUAUUGAUAGAAGUAUUUGAGGAAAGGGACUUAAACUGUGGAAGGAGGUUCAAUUAGAAACUUGAACUUUCAAGGUAGCUGGAAUUGAUUUAAAAUAAGUUAUGGAGCGCACAGCUGUGGAGCGCUGAGCCACGCGUCAUGCCCUGCGCUGCCCAGACUAGCGAACAGUACAGUCAAGAUGGCUAAAGGUGACCCAAGAAACGAAAGGGCAAGAUGUCUGCUAUGCCUUCUUUGUGCAGAUAUGCACAAAGAUGUACCAUUUGAUGAAAUGGCAAAGGCAGAUAAAGUGCGCUAUGAUCGGGAAAUGAAGGAUUACGGACCAGCUAAGGGAGGCAAGAAGAAGAAGGACCCGAAUGCCCCCAAGAGGCCACCGUCUGGAUUUUUCCUGUUCUGUUCCGAAUUCCGCCCCAAGAUCAAAUCUACAAACCUAGGCAUCUCUAUUGGAGAUGUGGCAAAGAAGCUGGUUGAGAUGUGGAAUAACUUAAGUGACAGCGAGAAGCAGCCAUGUAUCAAAAAGGCCGCGAAGCUGAAGGAGAAACACGAGAAGGAUGUCGCAGACUAUAAGUCUAAAGGGAAGUUUGAUGGCGCCGAGGGUCCUGCUAAAGUUGCCCGGAAAAAGGUGGAAGAGGAAGAUGAAGAAGACGAGGACGAAGAGGAGGAGGAGGAAUAAAAAAACCUGUUGAUCUGUCUCCUUGUGAAUACCUUAGAGUAGGGAGCGCCAUGAUUGACACACCUCUCGCCCGAGACGUGUCUGUUGCCCUCAUUAGGUUUAAUUACCCAUUUGGAUCAUGAUCAUAUCGUAGUCUCUCAGAGUGCUCUAGCAAUUGUCAGUGGUUCACAUGAAGUGGCCAUGGGUGUCUGGAGCACCCGGAAACUGUAUCAAAGUUGUACACAUUUCCAAACAUUUUUAAAAUGAAAAGGCUCUCGUAUUCUCCUCACUCUGUGCACCUUGCUGUUGGUGUGGCAAGGCAUUUAAAGAUGUUUCUGGCAUUUUCUUUUUUUUUUUUUAAUUUGUGAGGUGAUGUGUUAACUCUAUGGUCAUUGGCUAGGAAUCCCGAGUUCUCAACUGUACAUAUCUAUAGUUUGUAAAAAGAACAAAGCAACCGAGACACACUCUUGACGCUCCUUGCUGGCGUGGCGGCUGUAGGGGCGAUGCCUUCCGGAGGGGCCGUAGCUCAGGGCGUGCACUGUGGGGCUGGACCUGUGGACACUGCAGUGGGCAUGCGUUUAGCUUCAGGAUGUCUUGUUUCUGUAUAUAGAGACAUAGCGUCCAGCUGCCAUAGGCGGGGUGGUCAGCUGGCAUGAGAAGUGUUUUGGAUCCUUUUUAGUUGAAGUGCGGUAGUUUUAAACUGUUUGUUUUUUAAACAAACCAUAGACCUCUUCACUGUCAGCAAAGCCAAGAGC